CUGUAGUUGAAGUUGAAGUUCGUGCUGGUGUGAAUUUUCGGGCGGACACAGACACGGGCGCGGGUCUUUUGGUUGCCUUUGCCGUUGUCGUUGUUGUUGUCGUUGUCGUUGUCAUUAUUGGUGCGUGCGUUUGGAUUUGGUUCUGUGUCUGUGUUUGCAUCUGGGUGUGGGAGUCUUUCCAUCUUGUCGAGUCUUUUCUCAAGCAUUUCAAUGUAGCCCUGUCGUGGGCCACGUUUCUUGUUGCUGGGUAUGUAGAGGCACUCUCUGUGGGAUUUUUCGCAAUUCCCACAACAUGGUUUGGAACCAUCGCACUUGAUCUAAUAUGUUUAUACGAUUGUGUAAUUGGGUGCGAUCAUGUAUGCGAUUGUAUGCGAUUGUGUGCGAUUUUGUGCGAUUGGGUGCGAUUGGGUGCGAUUGUACACAAAAUAGCAAAAUGUAAUAAUGUAUAUCUUGCAAGAUCAAGCAGGAAUAUAGAAUAUAGCAAUAGUACAGGGCAAACCUUGGCAUUUCAGGGCAGUGUCUCUAAAAAGCGAGGACCACAAGGCGUCAGAAGGGACAUAUUGGGUCAACAAUUUCUACAAGUUAGGGAAAUUGGCUUGAACUUUAUCACUAUAUGGCCUGAUAUGAAAGACACACUUAAACCUCAAUAUCACCGACUAGUUCCCUCUAUUAUCUCGUUUGGACCUUUAAUAAGGGUCAUAAUUUCUCACUGCUUUCUGGCUAAAUAA